AUCAGAACCCUUGGAGCUGGGGUUACAGGUGGUGGUAAGCCAUCCCAGUGAGUGCUGGACUCAGGUCUUCUGCAAGUGGAGUACUGCUCUUAACAGGCACCAUGGCCAGCAGCAGGGGCCUACCUCUCCUGCUGCUGUUGCCACAGCUGCUCCUGGGCCCUGUACUGGCUGUGAGGGCGCCUGUCUUUGGCCAGAGUGACACCCACAGCCUGAGCCCUGAGGAGAAUGAAUUUGUGGAGGAGGAGCAGCCCGUGCUAGUCCUGAGCCCUGAGGAGCCAGAGCCUGGCCCAACCACCAUUGACUGUCCCCGAGACUGUGCCUGCUCCCAGGAAGGCGUUGUGGACUGCGGUGGCAUUGACCUGCGCGAGUUUCCAGGCGACCUGCCCGAGCACACCAAUCAUCUGUCCCUGCAGAACAAUCAGCUGGAGAAGAUCUACCCUGAGGAGCUGGCUCGGCUGCAGCGGCUGGAGACACUCAACCUUCAGAACAACCGCUUGACUUCCCGAGGGCUCCCAGAGGAGGCGUUUGAGCAUCUGACUAGCCUCAAUUACCUGUACCUGGCCAACAACAAGCUGACACUGGCACCGCGAUCCCUGCCAAACGCCCUGAUCAGUGUGGAUUUUGCUGCCAAUUAUCUCACUAAGAUCUACGGACUCACCUUUGGCCAAAAGCCAAAUCUGAGGUCUGUGUACCUGCACAACAACAAGCUUGCAGAUGCCGGGCUGCCGGACAACAUGUUCAAUGGCUCCAGCAAUGUCGAGAUCCUCAUCUUGUCCAGCAACUUCCUGCGCCAUGUGCCCAAACACCUGCCACCUGCCCUGUACAAGUUACAUCUCAAGAAUAAUAAACUAGAGAAGAUCCCCCCUGGGGCCUUCAGUGAGCUGAGCAACCUACGGGAGCUGUACUUGCAAAACAACUUCCUGACCGAUGAGGGCCUGGACAACGAGACCUUCUGGAAGCUCUCCAGCCUGGAGUACCUGGACCUGUCCAGCAAUAACCUGUCCCGGGUCCCAGCGGGCCUUCCGCGCAGCCUGGUGCUGCUGCACCUGGAGAAGAAUGCCAUCCAGAGUGUAGAUGCGGACGUGCUGACACCCAUCCGCAGCCUUGAGUACCUGCUGCUGCACAGCAACCAGCUGCGGGCUGAGGGCAUCCACCCGCUGGCCUUCCAGGGCCUCAAGCGGCUGCACACAGUGCACCUGUACAACAAUGCGCUGGAGCGUGUGCCCAGAGGCCUGCCCCGCAGAGUUCGCACCCUCAUGAUUCUGCACAACCAGAUCACAGGCAUCGGCCGUGAGGACUUCGCCACCACCUACUUCCUGGAAGAGCUCAACCUCAGCUACAACCGCAUCACCAGCCCACAGAUGCAUCGGGAUGCCUUCCGCAAGCUACGCCUGCUGCGCUCCCUUGACCUGUCUGGCAAUCGCCUGCAAACCCUGCCUCCGGGCCUGCCUAGAAAUGUACAUGUGCUGAAGGUCAAGCGCAAUGAGUUGGCUGCCCUGGCUCGUGGGGCACUAGCUGGCAUGGCCCAGCUAAGGGAACUCUACCUCACAGGCAACCGACUGCGUAGCCGGGCCCUGGGACCCCGUGCCUGGGUGGACCUUGCUGGUCUUCAGCUGCUGGACAUCGCUGGAAACCAGCUCACAGAGAUCCCGCAGGGGCUCCCCCCAUCGCUUGAGUACCUGUACCUGCAGAAUAACAAGAUCAGCUCUGUUCCUGCUAACGCUUUCGACUCCACUCCCAACCUCAAGGGGAUCUUUCUCAGAUUCAACAAGCUGGCUGUGGGCUCCGUGGUGGAAAGUGCCUUCUGGAGGCUGAAACACCUACAGGUCUUGGACAUCGAAGGCAACUUUGAGGUUGGUGACAUUUCCAAGGACCGGGGCCACAUAGAUGAGGAAGAGGAAGAAGAGGAUGAUGAGGAUGAUGAGGAAGAAGAGACGGGAUCCUAACAGAAGGACGCAAAUCUGACCCAGGACAAUGGACCACUGAACUCCUUUCUGCAGCCCAGGCCUGUGCCCCACGAGCGCCCCCUUCUGACACACCCAACGCUGAGCCCAAGGGGCAUCCGAAUGCCACAGGCUGAACACAGUCUCGUGUCCCACCCCUUCCUGGAAUACCACACAAUUAGACAUGUGCAGAUACCACACCCCCCGCUUGUCCACACAGCCAGUUGCACAUGAGCCUUCGCCCUGACCUCUGAGUCCACACUGGCCUGGUACACUCAGGCAGCUACUCUCUUCCCAAUCCACACACACAGAGUGGCCUGUACCACCAAAAGCUCUUGCUUGUGGGCAGCUCUGGCCAUAAGAGUUGGCCAUGUGCCUUUUCCUCUGUUGUCUCUCUCCCUUGGGGAUUUGGGGUUGUCUCCUUGCCCUGUGGCCAGGUGCUUUCCACCCUCUGAGACUCACAAAAGCUGGCUUUUGUUUUUUGCCUUCCCUCUGGCCUUACCCCUUCUCCGGGUGCUGGGGCAGCCCCACUGCAGGAAGCCCCUUUUGGUUGUGCCCUGGCAGGUCACAGGCACUUUCUGAGGACAACCUCAAGAAGGAAGGGGAGGCAGCUGUGCAUGGCGGGGGGCUCAAGGGCAUGACUGCAUCGGUCUUCAGUUCUGCAGGAAAGUUCUGGGCACCUUUGGUUUUGUUUAAGGAGAAAAAUAUAUAUGGAGAUAAAAAUCUCAAAGCUGACUUUUCCUGUUACAGAAAAAGUAAUAUAAAAGCAUUGUCCCUGCCCGUGCA